UUAGCUAAAAAAAAUAAAAAUAAAAAAAGCAUAUAACUUGUUGUUUUUUUGAAAUGCCAAUAUCUAAAACUUACAAACGUUAUGCACCAUUAUGUUCUUUUGGAGUCAUAGGGAGUGGGAGGAGCAAUGUUAUUAUUGUCAAUCCAUCACAAACAGCAAACUCAAAUAUUUAUGGCGCUUCUGCUGUAUUGGAAAAUGUUUGUAUAUGGGAUAUGCGAAAAGCUGAAAUGGUAAUGAUGCUAAAAGGAGUAAAUGCAGAAGUAACAGCACUAGCAAAAGCUCCAGGAAAUUCUUCUAUGAUUGCAGUAGGUUACAGUGAUGGCGCUAUUAAAAUGUGGAAUUUAAAAACCAAUAUAUCAGAUAUAUCAUUCAGUGGGCAUAAGUCGGCUGUUACAUGUUUAUCUUUUGAUAUAACUGGCACAAAACUUGUUUCAGGGUCAAAUGAUACUGAUGUAAUUGUUUGGGAUAUUGUUGGUGAGACAGGUCUUUAUAGGUUAAAAGGUCAUAAAGGAAUGGUGACAAGUUGUCAAUUUAUGACAACACAAAAUGUUCUUAUAACAAGUUCCAAAGAUAUGCUUGUCAAGUUUUGGGAUUUAGAUACUCAACAUUGCUUUCUUACCCUUGUCGGACACAAAAGUGAAGUUUGGCAAACUUGUCUAUUAAAUGAUGAAACUCGGCUUAUAACAGGUUGUGGCGAUUCAGAAUUAAGAGUUUACAAACUUAUAUCUGAAGAAAAUAAAGAGGUUCCUCUGAGUUGUGAACUGAUUGGUUCGAUUAUACACCAAGGAAAAGGAAGAAUAACCACUUUAAAAACAGAUGCUUCUCAAAGGUUUUUAGUGUGUCAUGGUAUUGACUCAUCUUUAGAGUUGUUUAAAGUUUAUUCAGAGAGUGAAGCUCAAGCUUCAUUUGAAAAAAGAAUUAAAAAAGCUCAAAAGAAACAAAGAAAAAAAGGAGAUGAAGAAAAACACGAAGAAUUGCCUAAAGAAAGAGAAAUAACAGACGAAAUAAAAAAACUUCAUUUUUUUCCAUUAAAACAAAAGAUAAAAACUUGUGACAUAACAGUUGAUGAUUCUGGAGAAAUAAAACUCAUUGUUUUAUUUACCAACAAUUCAUUUGGUUAUUAUAAAGUGCAAUCUGAAUUAAAUAAAUGUCAGCUGCAAUCUUUACUUUCUAACAUGGGUCAUAGGACAGACGUUAGAACUUUGUCGCUUAAUGGUGAUGCAACUAUGAUACUAAGUGGAUCAGGAGAGUCUGUCAAAAUAUGGAACAGGAGUUCUCAGAAAUGUAUACGUACAUUAGAUUCAGAGUAUUGUCUUUGUUCAUGUUUUGUUCCUGGUGAUCGCCAUGCUAUUGUGGGUACCAAGAGUGGUAAACUUCAGCUGUUUGAUAUCAGUGCAGGAAUUCUUCUCGAAACUGUUGAUGCCCAUGAGCAACCUAUUUGGUCUAUUGCUCUAUCUCCAGAUAAGAGAGGUUUCAUAACAGGAAGCGCUGAUCAUGAUGUAAAAUUUUGGGAGUUUGAAUUGAUUAAAGAUGAAGAAUAUUCUUUAACAAGCACUCGCCUAGGUAUGACACAUACUCAGACAUUGAAAAUGUCUGAAGAAAUAUUAGCCGUAAAAUUCAGUCCUGAUGGUAGACUGCUUGCUGUUUCUUUACUUGAUAGUACAGUUAAAGUUUUUUUUACAGAUACUUUGAAGUUUUUCUUAUCAAUAUAUGGUCAUAAAUUUCCUGUUUUAUGUAUGGAUAUUUCACUAGAUAGCACUCUGCUUAUAACUGGAUCCGCAGAUAAAAAUAUCAAAAUAUGGGGCUUAGAUUUCGGUGACUGUCAUAAAUCAAUAUUUGCUCAUGAUGAUAGCAUUACUGGUGUUCAGUUUGUUUCUAAGACGCAUUACUUCUUCUCAAUAAGCAAAGAUAAAACAUUGAAGUAUUGGGAUGCUGACAAGUUUGAAAACAUAAUGACAUUAAAAGGUCACCAUGCAGAAAUAUGGGCUCUAGCAGUCAGUACCAAUGGAGAAUUCUUGGUAACAGGAUCUCAUGAUAAAUCAAUAAGAAUAUGGGAAAGAACUGAAGAACUUUUGGUCUUAGAUGAAGAGAGAGAACAAGAAAGAGAAGAAGCAGAUGAAAUGACUUUAACAGAAAGAGGAAGCCGACCUAUUCCUGGUGAAACUGAAGGAGAAGCAGAGAAUGCUGGGAAAAAAACAAUAGAAACUGUUAAAGCGGCUGAGAGAAUUAUGGAAGCGAUUCAAUUGUUCAAAGAAGAACAAGAAAAAAGAAAAGAAAAUGUUGAUAGCUAUGAUCCACACCCAAUAUUAAAGGCAUUUGGUGAAAAUAAUCCAAAGAAAUAUGUUCUUAGCGUUCUCAAGAAAGUAAAAAGAAGUGAAUUGGAUGAGUCUCUUCUUGUUCUGCCAUUUACUUACGUUGUUGAUUUGCUGGAACUCAUUAACUAUUGGUUGCAGAAAAACUGGGAAGUUGAGCUUUGCACUCGCUGUUUAACAUACCUUCUAAAAAUACAUCACAAUCAAAUAACAACAAGUCACUUGCUCUUAACAACAGUUGAAUCAUUGAAGGAAAAUACAAGUCGAUCUGUUCGCAGACUAAAAGAUGAGGUCGGCUUCAAUCGCGCUGGUCUGCGAUUUUUACUAAAUCAGAUAGAACUUAAAAAGAACAUUUCUUUCUUUGAAGAUGCUAUAGAUAAGUCAAAGAAGAAGAAAAAAACAAAGAAAAUAAUGGCUUUUACUUAAUUAUUCUAAAUUAUGUUUUGGUUUUUUGUACAUGUCGUAAUAAUGUAAUAAAAAUAUGUUUAUAACAGUA